AUGACAGAUGACUACUUGUGGUUUGAAGAGAUACCUUUCCCUGUGAUUGGUUACAGCUAUGAAGUUUUGAAAGAAGCAUGUGCUCAGUUUGUGAUAAAGGAUGAAGACACAGUAUUGGUGACCUACCCCAAAUCAGGAAGUCACUGGGUGAUUGAAAUUCUCUGCCUGAUUCACUCCAAAGGGGACACCAAGUGGAUUCAGUCUGUGCCAAUCUGGGAACGAUCACCCUGGUUAGAGACCAAUAGGGGUAAUAAAUUGUUAAAGGAGAGAGAGGGCCCAAGACUCCUAACCUCUCACCUCCCCUUCCAUCUCUUCCCUACAUCUUUGUUCACAUCCAAGGCCAAGGUGAUAUAUAUCAUGAGAAAUCCCAAAGAUGUUCUUGUGUCAGGUUAUUAUUUUUGGACUAUGACACAUGUUUCUAAGAAACCAGAGUCACUGGAACAGUAUUUUCAGUGGUUCAUGGAAGGAAACAUGCCCUAUGGAUCAUGGUUCGAGCACAUUCGUGGCUGGAUGUCCAUGAGAGACAGAGAGAACGUCCUGAUGCUGAGUUAUGAAGAGCUGCAGAAGGACCCAAGAAGCACCAUAGAGAAGAUUGGUCAGUUCCUGGGAAAGAAGCUAAAUCCAGAAGAACUGGACUCAGUCCUCAAGAACAGCUCCUUCCAGGUCAUGAAGGAAAACAAGAUGUCCAAUCUUGAAAUGUUGCUUGAAAAAUUCUCUUCUAAGCAUUUCAAAAUUACAAGAAAAGGCAUCUGUGGGGACUGGAAGAAUCACCUCACAGUGGCCCAAGCUGAAGCCUUUGAUAAAGUUUACCAGGAGAAGAUGGCGGGUUUCCCCAAAGAGCUGUUCCCAUGGGAGUAAUGUCCAAAAAAUUCUGGAUCUUUUAUGGCUACUGACAUUGU